AUGCUGCAAUACCUGAAAUGCAUGAUGCUCACCAGCCUUACCUCAUACCCUUUCGUGGCCGUGUUCAUCCAGCAGAGGAAACCCUCGGAUUAUGUGGCCUGCACCGCAGAAGCAGCAUGCAGCUUCAUCAGGUAUUUCGAAACUUCUGAUAUGCCUGCGACAACGGUGUUGAACGUAGAGCGGAGUGCUGUAAAUAUUACGAGCCCGGCGUCUGGCUGGUCCUCGUGGUUGCCGAUGUACGUAUCGGUGGAGAAUGGCCAUGGGAUUCGGGCUGCUUCUCCAAGUCUGUCUUUCUUCAACUCCAUCCCACUUCUCUAUGCGUACCUUCCAGCAGUUUUCAGUUUUCAGGUGGCCAAGGUGGCCGCGCUACCAAAUAAUGAGUAUGCGACGAAGGGGUAUUGUGAAGAGCCAGCUAGCCUCGACAGUAUUCGCGACCAUCUCGGUGGUGGCCCUUGCAGAAAUAUCAGCUUGGCAUGCGUUCUCUUGUGGGCCCUGCUGAAAGUUGUGCAUGAUUGGGCCUUACUUUCUGGCAAGGUGGAGGAGAGACUAACCCUGAAAACUGGGAUAACGUCCUGGAUUCUUCAGGCCGUCGCUUGCGUAGGCGCCUUUUUGUGGGCGGUAGGUGCUUCAGAAGUCUUCAUCUCUACGUCGGUGGAGAGAGAAAGCGAAGGCUUGGCGUGCUACUACCAACUGCAGGCUGGAAAUGUUCUCCUGACGGUGGUGCCCGCAUGCCUUCUCUGGUACACAACUCAGAGCAAGUUAACCAGCUUGAUGCUGUCGGUCCUUCAUGGUGACUAUCUAUAUGCAGUUGUGUACGAUGUGCCAUUUAGGGUGGUUCAUGCUACGGCACCUUUACAUCCCACAGGUUCCUUGCUGACAAUCGGACUACACGGUGACCGCUACCGUGCUCCCGCCCCACGACCACAGUUGAACUCAGACGAAAAACGCCAGCUGUUCUACUUGCUUCGGAGGUUGCGAUGGGCGUGGAUAUUCGUGCAGCAUACUGUCGUUGCGACACUUGCCAGCGGCCCUCUCUUUUGCAUGAUGAUGGGAGUUGCCACGACACAGGAGUGGUCAUUUCAGAUCAUGGGAGUGAUGAAGUGCUUGACCCUGCUUGCAGCUUUUUCUCCUUUGGGCCUCUGCCUGCGCUUCACUUACUCAGCGAGCUACUGGCGAAACAGGAUGAUCCAGAGAGACUUCUGCGCGAUUCUUUCUGACCUCUCACCGCUCCGCGACCUGUUUUGGUAUCUCUUGCUGUGGCCAUGCGGCAUAUCCUCAACUCUCCGCAUAGUCCCCGCAUUCUGGCAUCACAGGGAAGAUGUGCUCCAGGAGUGCUGGACAUGGUCCUUUCACGGUAUUGCAGUUUUUGUGUUUGCGGCUCUGCUUCUGGACUAUGUAAACCGUCCUGUCCGGCUACUGAUUGGAUAUUAUGAUUAUGGGUGGUGGGUGUCCCAGGAAGCUUUGCAAAUACUGGAGCAGUAUCCAGAGUGGAAGCACCCCACAAUACCACGACCCAAGGCCUUUGACGUUGAUGAUAACGACGAAACUUCACCAUCAGAGGAGUCAGAAAGGCGGACUCUUCUAGGCUGCACAGCCUGA